AUACUGUGAAGACUCCUCCAAAAUAUAAAUUGCAAAGAGAAAGCAUGAAUCCACUUUCAGAAGAAGACAUGAAGAAAAAAAGAAAAGUGCUUUUAGAGCUGGAUACUCACUCAGAUAGCUCAGAACACAAUGAUCUCCUGAGCAUAGUCUCAGAGGAAGAAAUGUUUAAAAAGCUGUACAAAAAUUGUCCUCAAGCUUCUCGCUUAUGUGUCAUGACACCGAAAAAGAUAUCAACUCCGUCAAUCAUAAAAUCUACCGGUGCUGCACUGAAACUUACAGCUAUGAGAAAGAUGCGAGAGACUGGAUGGACUGCAGUUUCUAAAAUGGACAGGAAAAAAAAAAUAAAAGAAGCUGAAAAACUCUUUGCCUAAAAUUAAAACUGAGCAAUCAGUUAGGAAUUUUCUGUUAAUAUAAAAUCUUUUGCGGUAGAAUUUAUUAAUCCUACACAGUCAGCACUUGCAGCAUAUUACUGGUUUAGGGCUAAAUCCUGGAAGUGCUAUAUUUGUGGAACUCCUGUUGAUUUCAUUAUGGUUACUUUGUUCCACCACAACCUUGUCCUCUGGAGGACUCUUCACAUUGGGUUUACACCAUCAUAAAACAACAUAAACCUGGGAAUAAAUUUGGCUCAUUUAUGUUUUGAAAAUUGAUAGGAAAAAAUAAUGUAUAGUGUGUUAAAAUGG